AUGCAUGUCUCGUAUCUUGUUGCCGCUGGAAAAGCUGGUCUCGACGGUCUAGUGAUGCAUAGUGGGGAUGGUGUCUUGCGCCAUUGUCAUCCUCUCUUCACUUGCUUUGUUGGUGAUUACUCCGAACAACUAUUGGCUACUGGAGUCAAGACUACAGAAUGCCCAAAGUGUGAUAUCCCUCCUGACGAGCUUGAGAGUAGCACAACACCCUUCGAAAUACGUGAUUUUGAUGCUGUUCUUGAAGCACUCGCCACAACCAACAUUGGAGCCCUCGAAUUUGUUCAGGCAUGUUGCAAUGCGGGAAUCAAGCCCAUUGUCCACCCGGUUUUGGAAAACUAA